GGGCCCGCCCCCGCGGCGCUCGGCGGUCUCUCGCGAGCCGCAGCCGCUUGUUCAGAGCUGAGAGCCGGCCUGGAGCGCUCGGCCUCGCUCUGCCUCGCGCUCGUCUUCCUCAGCAGCCCGGCCGGGCAGCCAUGGCGGCUCGGCGGCGGCCCGCGGCUGGCGUGGGAGCCCGGGACGCGCUCGCGGUGCUUGCGCUGGCCUUGUGUGCUCCCGGGGUGGGCGGCGGGGCGCUCGAGUGGUACUCGGCCAUGGUGCGCAUCGAGUACGUGGACCCGCAGUCGAACCUGACGGUGUGGAGCGAGUCCGAGAGCGGCCGCUUCGGCGACAGCUCGCUCAGGGCGGAGAGGCAGGGCCUGGUGGGCGUCCCGCGCGCGCCCUCGGACGCGGAGGGCUGUGCGCCCGACACGCGCUUCGUGGCGCCCGGCGCCCUCGGCAACGCGUCCUGGGUGGCGCUGGUGGCGCGAGGCACCUGCACCUUCAAGGACAAGGUGCUGGCGGCGGCGCGGAGGAACGCCUCGGCCGUGGUGGUCUACAACCUGGAGCGCCACGGGAACGCCACCGAACCCAUGUCGCACACGGGAACAGGAAACAUAGUCGUCAUUAUGAUUAGUUACCCAAAAGGACGAGAAAUUUUUGACCUGGUGCAAAAAGGAAUUCCGGUCAAGAUGAACAUAAAAAUGGGUACUCGUCAUAUGCAAGAGUUCAUCAGCGGUCAGUCUGUGGUGUUUGUGGCCAUUGCCUUCAUCACCAUGAUGAUUAUCUCAUUAGCAUGGCUGAUAUUCUAUUAUAUACAGCGCUUCCUGUACACUGGCUCACAGUUUGGAAGUCAGAAUCAUAGAAAGGAAACUAAGAAGGUUAUUGGCCAGCUUCCGCUACACAAUGUGAAGCAUGGAGAGAAGGGAAUUGAUGUUGAUGCCGAGAACUGUGCAGUGUGUAUUGAAAACUUUAAAGUCAGAGACGUUAUCAGAAUCCUGCCAUGCAAGCAUAUUUUUCAUAGAAUAUGCAUUGACCCAUGGCUUUUGGAUCACCGAACGUGUCCAAUGUGUAAACUUGAUGUCAUCAAAGCCCUGGGAUAUUGGGGGGACCCUGAGGAUGCACAGGAGCUACCCAUCCCAGAAGCUGCCCCAGGAAGUGUCUCUGUUGGGAAUCUGAGUGUGAUGUCUCAAGACGAGGAGAGGAGUGAAAGCAACCUUCCGUCGUCUUCCUCUAGCGAGUCUGGGCCACACCGCCCCUGUCUUAAGGAAGAUGCAGGGGAAGACACAGCAUUACUAGGAGCCGGCAGGAGUGACCCUCAGCAUGGAGGAUCCAUGUGCUAGCACCGUCCUCGCCGACAGCCUCACCGACAGAGCCUUGGCUUGAAUACAGGACACUCAGUUUUUUACUCUAGGGCAUAGUUUGUAUACUUGAAAACAAUGGAUUUUAUUUUACUUUACCUUUCAGAUUCAGGUUUGAUAUACAAAGGGCUGAGAUACUUUAUUCUUAAAAGACUUUUAAUUAGCCUUCAUCUAUUUAUCUACUAAAGUAUGAUGUCUUUCAUAAAUGUUGUUGUAUCAAACUGUUACAGACGUAUGUGGAGGGGUUGUUUCUGAGUGCUACUAGCUUCUGUGGUACGAUAAAACAAGAUUCUGUUUCUCAGGCAUUUUAGGCAAAGCUUACUACGUUGAGUUGUGUAGUUCCAUAUUGAUCACAUGGACUUCCCUGAAGCAGAGACUGCAGAUGAGAAAGAACUCUUUCCUGGGCAGUGGUGUGUACUGCAAGCUCAGCAGGUUCAAGCCACCUUGGGCUCCGUAGCCACUGCUACGCCACACUGCUACGCCACACUGCUACGCCACACUGCUCUGGAGGGGUUAAGGAGAGAGAGCUCAGCUGCCGUGUACUAUGUUGUCUAGAGAGACUUUAGAACCCCGCUGACCUUUUUAUUAUGUGGAAUUGUGAAAAGAACACUAGAUGAUUUUAUGAUUUACAUUUUUACCUUUAUUGCCUAAUUUCUUUUCACACUUGGAAGGAGAAGGGAAUUUAUCUAUGUUUUUCUACAAAUUAAAAAAAAAAAAAACUGGUGAAAAUGCCAUACUGCAUGUUAAAAAACAUUAAAACAUUGAUUCAUUAAGAAAAUCAAGUAGGCAUACUGUAAUGUUUUUAAAUUAUUAGUAUAUGUUGGUAGAUGUAAUCUUUACAAUUAAAAUAUUUAAUUAACAUUUUGAUUUUUGUUGUUAGACUAAAAUAUCAUUUUUCUAAUGAGAUUUUAAGCCGAUUCAAUACUGUGACCUUUUAUCCUUCUUUUCUGUUUGCUGUUCUUACUGGUGAAGUCUUUGAAGACUGUUGUCUGAGUUCUAUACAGUGCUUACACGCUUUCAAGAGUGAGGAGUCCCUUUGUUGUUGAUUCUAAACUUGUAUGUCUACUUUGUAGACAAAAAUAAAUGCUUAUUGACAAAAAGUUUUCUAUGUAACAAAUUUUAUUUAGCCAAAUCAGCCCUACCAUUCAGCACAAUGUUACAGAAGAUAGAACGCGCAUUAAUGAAAGCUAGCUGGUCUUUACACAAAGGGGAAAACUACGUUCCUGAUGAGAAUAUUUUACACUUCAGUGAUAAACUGAGAAUGCUUUUUUUCAAAGCUGACUUUAUGUAUAUGGGUACUUUGCCUGUUUCUGUGCAUCAUCUAUGUGCCUAAUGCCGAGCGAGACCAGAAGAGGGUGUCAGAUGUGCCGGAACUGGAGUUACAGAGGGUUGUGAACUAAUUGCCUUCGCUAGGAAAGUCGCAAGUGCUUUCACCACUGGGCCAUCUCUCCAGCCUAAAAAGAAUGCUUUAAGAAAUCGGUCUCUGCCUGACAGCAGAAGCCAGUAGAGGUCACUGAUUGUGGUCUGUGUCGCCCUUUACAGCUGGAACUGCCUACAGGACAGGAGACAGGCACCAGUCAGGAACUCAUCCAGGUCUGUCACUCCCCCUGUGAAGGCUUCUGCCAAGUAAAAGUGUCUUCAUAACAUGAAGUUAGGAAUAACUUCCUCAUCAUUCUCAGAUCUAUUUUCCAUCUUCUCCAGGGCAAAAACUUAAUUAGUUCUUUGUCUUUCUUCACAAGUUCUGUUUUUACAGAACUACUACUUGAUCUAAACGAGACCAUCCCUUCUGGUUUAACUAGCUGUGAUCCAUUUUCUCCAUCUGCCAUCUUUGUCACUGACUGCUGAGGGAUGCUCGGAUGUGUCCUCGCUGAUUGUUUCGUCACCUCUGGGACCAAGAUCCUUGAAAAGGUACUGGGAACUUUGCAGCAGUGUGUGAACCGCCUGGUGUGAGGACAACCACUGGGAUUCAGGAGGGAGGUAUCCAGAGAUUCCACUGGGCACACCCAGCAUAUGGGAGGUCUUUGAUGGGUCUGCUUUCAGGGACAAAGGCUAGGAUGUAGAAAUGACAGGAUGGAGAACCCUGAGAAAGGUCCUUCUCCAAAUACCUGACAGGUAUUUCUGUUCACGUGGGUUGGCUCCCUGGAACUACCAUCAUUAAAAACAAAAACAAAAAACAAAAAAACGAGUCCAGUACAGUUUAGAGGUUUUGUGUAAGGACAGUUUGAUGUUGGGUCUAUUUGUAUGUGGACAGCAUGUCUCAGAGCUGCCUCUGGGACAGCACCAGGGCACCAUACACUGUGUUUACAGGCAGAACAUAAGCACCAAGGACUUGUCCCUAGGUCUCCAGAAAACGGCAGAAGCUAUCCCAACAGGAAGCCAGCUCCAAGAAAAUACAACUUUAAGGCUAAGUUUAUCCUUAGAGCCAUUUCUAAGGCAUAGUGUUUUAUAAAGUAUCUUACCAAGCUAUUUUUCUCUACACUUUGAUUUUUUUUUAGCUACUCAUAGUAAAAUAUGUGGUGAGUUUUCCUGAAAGAAAUGUAUAACCAGAUGAAUAUGGGCUGUUGAAGUAGAAAAAUCUUUUUUUUUUUUUGAAGUAGAAAAUCUUAUUUUGAGCACCUUUUAGAGAGUCUCAAAGUUGGUUUUACAAGUUAUCACCAAACCUCACAGUGUUCAGUGCAAGUAGGGAAGCAUAAAUUCGGUAUCAAGGAGAUUAGUGCUGUGGGUUUGGGGUUUUUUUUGGGGGGGGGGGUUGUUGUUGUUGUUUUGAGACAGGGUUUCUCUGUGUAGCCCAGGCUGUACUGGAACUCUGUAGACCAGGCUGGCUUCCAACUCAGAAAUCUGCCUACUGGGAUUAAAGGUGUGCACCACUACCGCCCAGAUAGUGCUGUGUUUUUAAGACAUACCAGGGAAAAUGCUGUAAUUGUAGCGGCUAAUGAAGCUUGCUUUUACUGAGGAUCUUGUGACAGAGCAAGGUAAAAUGUGUUUAAUCACUUAAUCACUACAGAAAACUUUUUCUAAGGCAGGGUCUCACUGUAUAAUCGGAGUUUGGAUUCACCAUCCUUGUGCCUCAGCCUUCCCAGCGGUGAGCUCACUUCUGACUAAACGGUGAUGUGGAGAUUGGAGGCAGUAUCCAUGACUCGGAACUGACACGGAAGUUGCUUGCUGUGGUUCCUGCUCUUCUGGCUCUCACUCUCCCAACCGAGAAUUGGAGCUGUGAGCACGUGGUCUUGCUCAGUUUGCAGGUGCUUUGAAGACUUAAGUUGGAUUAAAAAUUUUGAUGAAGUUACUUAACCUAUAUUAAACUGACUCAAUUAUA